AGCUUCACAGCCAAGAACCAUCUGCGAUACUCAUCUCUCAUCCCUAUUGCUUUACGUUAUCUCACGUUUGGUCCCUCGACUUCACGAAGAUGGCGCAUGGCGUUGUUAUAUCUAUUUGCUUCGUGCUGAGUUCCUUGUUGAGUGCCUCCGUGUCCCAAGAAUGCGACGAAGUCCUCACUGGUCCCCUUGGAGAAGUCCAAUCUCCUGGUUACCCUGACUCCUACCCCCCCAACACCAGAUGUCACUGGCUCAUUCAAGCUCCACCAACUCGAAAAAUCAUUCUGAACUUGAAUGACUUCAACUUGGAGGACAGCGCGGAUUGCUUCUCCGGCGAUUACCUGACUGUUACCGAUCCGAAGGGUGAGUCCAACAUGUUCUGCGGCCAAGAGCAUCCACAGAGCAUUGAGUCGGUUGGGAACGUCCUCUAUGUCGACUUUUGGUGA